AUGGAUCUACCAUUUGAUGCUAAUCAAAGAUUCGUAUAUGAAUUAAUCAUAAUUGCUCAAUUCUUUUUUUCGUUGUUAUGUGCCGAUGCAAACUGCUUGUUGAAUGCCCUGCUUAUAAAUCUGAUACUACAUAUAGGAGGCCAAAUCGAUAUUCUUCGCGAAAACUUAAAGGAAAUUUUUCCGAAGAAUGACAAAAAUCCAAGUCACUUUGAGGCGAAAGAAGCAAUUAGAGAACAUCAGAAAAUCAUUACGUUUUCAAAGUACAUUGAAGAUUUGUAUUCAUAUAUCGCUAUGGUAUUGUUCGUAUCGGAUUCGUUGAUUAUCUGUUGUUUGGGUUUUACAAUUGUCGCGUCGAUCGGUCGACCUGAUGCUUCAGAAAGUAUAAUCAGAAACUUUUUGUUUUAUGUCGUUAUAAAUAUGGAGGCAUUCAUCUUUUGUUUUUCUGGAGAAUAUUUAAGUAUUAAGAGCAAAAGCAUCGGAGAUGCUGCUUACGCUUCCUUCUGGUACGAAUCAGAUUCUAGAGAUAGUCGAAUUAUAUUAUCUUUGAUAAUGAGGUCGCAAAAUCAAUUAACCAUUACAAUUGGAAGGAUAAUGAAUUUGUCUUUGGGACAAUUUACCACUAUUGUAAAAGCUUCAGCCUCCUAUAUAUCAGUUCUACUUGCAAUGUAUUGA